UGAGAAUUCCAGAAAUCCUGCAUCCCAAAAACCAGUCUCAAUUCGUGUUUGGGUUUCGAAGCAAGCGGAUCAUUUGAAAUAGGCGGCAGAAUAACCAAAAUAAAAGUGACAAAGAUUUAAGGUACAAUGAACGGAGAGGAAUCUGCCGGCAUGGACUUUUCGCAAAAGACCCUGCAGGAUUACGAGGUUUUGGCCGUGAUGGGGAAUGGAUCCUUCGGCACCUGCUACAAGGUGCGCGACAAGAGCACCGGGGAAUUGUUCGCCUGGAAGGGUAUGAACUAUGAUGAACUGGACGAGGCCAAGUGCGAUGCCUUGGUUUCCGAGAUCAGUGUACUGCGGCAGCUUCAGCAUCCCAAUAUUGUGCAGUACUACCACCAUCUGGUGAACCGAGAGGCCAAGUCAGUGUACAUUGUGAUGGAGUGCUGUGCCGGCGGCGAUCUCGCCCAGAUUGUCCAGCGUGCGAGGUCCCAAAGGAAGCGGUUCGAGGAGCCCUACAUCUGGCGGGUGCUCUUCCAACUUUGCCGGGCGCUUCAGGUGUGCCACAACAAAAUCCCCAACGGGACCAUCUUGCAUCGCGAUAUCAAGCCGGCUAAUAUCUUUCUGGAUGCGGCCGGGAAUGCCAAACUGGGAGAUUUCGGCCUGGCCAGGAUGCUGCGACGAGAUCAGAGCUUUGCCGCCUCAUUCGUGGGCACGCCGCACUACAUGAGCCCGGAGUUGGUGAAGGGCAGGAAAUACGACCGGAAGAGCGAUGUCUGGGCCGUGGGUUGUCUGGUCUACGAGAUGUGCGCCCUGCGGCCGCCGUUUCGCGGUAGAGCCUUUGACCAGUUGUCCGAAAAGAUCGCCCAGGGUGAAUUCAGUCGGAUUCCGGCGGUCUAUAGUGCUGAUUUGCAGGAGAUCAUCGCCUUCAUGCUGGCAGUGGAUCAUGAACAGCGUCCUGGCAUCGAGGUUAUCAUUCGGCAUCCGCUGGUGGUGCGUAAUAUCAGCGAGUUGGAUGGCAAGUUUCCAAGUCUAGUUGAUGCUGGAGAAGACUUCUUCACACUGCCUUCUGGCGGAAGACUUUUCGAGGACGAAGAGGAGGAUGAGGUACACCCAGAGUUAUCGAGCACCAUGUUUACGGAACAGUACAGCUUCAAUGAAGGCUAUGGGCAAAGGCGCCUCAGCGUCACUGGUGUUUUUACUCCAGAUUUGCGAAGUGAACUUUUCUACUCCGCCAAGCGAAAGAUCUUUCCUGCAAAAAAACUACAGCUCUCGGAUCCCGCCCUAUAUGAAAGUAUAAGGAGAGAGGAGCAAGCGGAGGAGAGGCAGGUGGAAAUGGAGCAGGAGCGGCGCCGCAGGAAGGAACAGGAGCAGCUGAAAAAUGGACAAGAAACCCUUAAAAAGGAGCUUUUGAAGGAAGCCAAUAGCAGUCCACGUGCUCUUACCCAAAACAUAUUCGAUGAGGUACUGAAGACCCGUCUCCACGCAAUUCGUGCCCAAGAGUCCCUGUUGCAGCAGAAGCUAGAUGAGCUGCAGGCCAGGGAGCAGGAGUUACAGCUGGCCGAGCAGCGUGUUCAAUCGCUGGAGCGGCAGAUGCAGGAAAAACUUAUGCAGCAGGAGAAACACACUUGCAGUUGCAGACAGCCCAUUGCUCCGCCCAUUCCACCGAGGAAGCCAGCGAAAUCGCACCAUGAUGACACCUACUGCACCAUUGAACUCAACGAAACAUCGCCCACGGUGGCUAAACUCAAUUUGGCCACUCUUCCGGCACCAAAAUCGCUAAACACUUUGCGUAAGGUUACCUUCAAGUCGCCACAAAAGUUUGUCACGUAUGGCAUCGAGAACAUGCCCCCACCGACGGUGAAUCCGGCAGUGAAUAAUCCGCCCACUGGUGUUCCCAUGCAAAUGAGCGUAUCCAGCAAUGAUUCCGGGGACAGCCAGGCCUCCUCCACCCGCAGGAAGUCCAUACUCUCGCUUUUCGGAUUGAGUCGCGGAUCCAAGGCAACCUCCAAAUCCUUGCCAGCGGUCAACCAGGCAGCCCAAGCAGCUGCAACUCGCGUGCAGCGACCUCCUUUGGCCGUUAAGCCACCGAUCACCCAGGAGCAGCCGGCAGCAGUUCCGCCAGUGGCCAAUCUCUGGACAAAGGAGCAAAAGAAACAGGCCUUCGAGCUGCUGGCGGCCAUGAAUGCGGCGGAGAGGGAGGCCAGCGGUAGUGGUGUCGGUGGAACUGGACCCGGUGGAGCACGUCGCCAGCAUCUGCGGCAAUCGGUGAGGGAGCGGAACUCCACGCUCCAGCGAAACCGCAUGCGCAGAUCCUUGGUGGUGGCCAGUGGCCAUCAGAAGCUAACAACGCGCGACCAGAUGGUGAUCUGAGCAGUUUGAGCCAGCGAGAUGUGCAGUCCAGGAGCCAUGGCAACCAUGGGAGACUAUGAGCGUUGUGAUGUGGAAUAAGUUCCGAAAUAUUUACACUAUUUUUUGUGCAACAAUUUUUUUUUGAAUUGCCAUAUUUUACACCCGUAUUAUUAGCAUUAAGAUACUAUUUUUUUCAGCUGCCAUUAAGUGUGCAAUUCGCAUUAGUCUUAUAAAUAAAUAUACAUUGCUUAAAUAUGAAACAAUUG